GCGAGGCAAUAUGCUCCUGAAUCUACCCCGCCGAAGUGCGUUCCGUCAAUUGAUACAAAACCAACGGCCACAUCGAACACUCGCAGUGGGACCGCGAUUGCACACAUCGUCGAGAUCUGAGCACGCAACUCAACAGAGUUCCCCAACCGUGCCUGCACCAUGGGAAAAGGAGAAAUCCGGGGCGGUUGGCUAUAUGCUGACCAAAGCGGAUCAGCUGAUCGCCUGGGGAAGACAAGGAUCCCUAUGGCCUUUAUCCUUCGGCCUCGCUUGCUGCGGAGUGGAAAUGAUGCACACCUCCAUGCCGCGAUAUGACCAGGACCGACUGGGCAUUAUUUUCCGUGCCUCGCCACGACAGGCGGAUGUGAUGAUUGUGGCUGGCACGGUGGUCAACAAGAUGGCCCCGGCACUCAGACUGCUCUAUGACCAGAUGCCCGAGCCCAAGUGGGUUAUCAGCAUGGGUAGCUGUGCCAACGGGGGAGGAUACUACCACUAUAGCUACAGUGUCGUGCGGGGCGUGGACCGCAUUGUGCCUGUGGAUAUCUAUGUACCCGGUUGUCCACCCACCCCAGAGGCUCUUCUGCAGGGCAUAUUUCUGCUGCAAAGGAAAAUGCGGAGAACCCCGGUGACCAGAAUGUGGUACAGGCGCUGAUUAAACAGCAAUUUCACGGCCAAGAUUGGAAUAUGACAUCCUGUAGUUGUGAUUUACGAUUUCGAAUAAGAUCUGGUCAGUAUUAUAUAGCAAAGCUACAUUAAUGGAGAUACAUGCGGCCAUGACUGUCAGCACACGACCACGCAGAGCCACCUGAGGCUGACUCGCUAGAAAUGAUAUUGAUAAUGGAC